UUCGCUAAUUUACGGACCGUUUUGACGUUUGUGAUGAGUUCUACGAGAUAUGAAAAAAGCUGGAAGUGGCGAAGUGCCCUUAGUGGAUGUCAGCUGGUGUCAACUCACAGCACUUGACAGCACUUGACAGCAACGAGUUGUUGGGUUUCUCUUUGAAAUUAUUGAGUGUUCAAUCGGUUUCCCCCAGUUUUCUUUUGCUAAAUGCAGUCUAUGCAUUUUGCAUGUUGUAUCUCUAAAUCGAUAGUCGUAAUUAUUUGACUUGUGUUACGUGUUCGAGAUUUCAGCGAUUUAUUUUCACUAGGGUUUCCUUAUCAAUGCAGACAAUAAUCUGACUCGAAAAUGAACGUCGAGGAAAAUAGGCUUAGAACGUUUCGUGGCAAGUGGCCGGCCAACGCCGCUGUCGAUCCGACGCGUCUCGCGAAAGCGGGAUUCUAUUACAUCGGACAUGACCUAGAGGUUCAAUGUUUUUUUUGUGGCACGAGGAUAUCCGACUGGAAUUAUGGUGAUCAUGUUAUGGUUCGUCAUCGAACGAAAGCGCCUAAAUGCCCUUUCGUCCUCGCACCGACCAACACUAUCAAUAUUCCCUUCAUACCUGGCAUAGCUGAAAACGCUGCUGCGGAAUCAUCAACGCAUCAACAGUCGUCGGCUGAUGAUCACUCACAGUGGUCCAGCAGUGUCGAAAAUAAUUCAAGCCUACCGCAAAGGUCUAUGGAUCCUCUUAAGGAAUAUGGUACUCUUGUAGAAAGGAUAGUGUCAUUUCAAAAGUGGCCAAAAACAAGUAUUAUCCAUCCACACAAGUUGGCCAUGGCAGGAUUUUAUUAUCUUCAAAAUGAAGAUAUGGUGGAAUGCGCAUUUUGCAGAGGUGUCAUAAUGAAUUGGAAACCUGGUGACAAUCCGGAUAGUGUACACAGAUUAAAUUUUCCAAAUUGUGAUUUCUAUAUGAGACUGGAACCAGCAGAAGAGCUAUUUGGAUUUGUUUGUGUCGUGCCUGAAAGUCGAACGAAUAUGCCAGGAAUACAGGUACACAAAACACCUCAAAGACCAGGAUUCGCAAUGUAUGAAAAAAGGUUGCAGACGUUUAAAGGAUGGCCAAAAAAUCUUAAGCAAACUCCAGAAAUGUUAGCUGAGGCUGGAUUUUAUUAUAGCGGAUACGAAGAUCAAGUUAGAUGUUUUCAUUGCGAUGGAGGAUUACGAAAUUGGCAACCAACGGAUGAUGUAUGGGUUGAACAUGCACGAUGGUUUUCAAAUUGUUUCUUUGUAAAUCUUGUGCGUGGACAAGACUUUGUUAAAUAUUGCGUUGAUAAUAGAAAUUUCGAUCUUUCGAUUAUCACUGGCAUGCCAGAAGAUAAUGCCACAGAGUCUUUAGUUGAAUCUGUUUCAACUUUACAAAAUAGCAAACCAGAUGAUACAAUAUCAUCUGCGACAGAUAUUGUAGAAACUUUAGGUGCAUCUGUUUCGACAGUUUCGCAACCUAGCGAAUCAAAUACACCAGUAGAUGCCACUGAAACUAUGGUUGCAUCUCUCUCGACAGUUUUACAACCCAAUGUAUCAAUAACGAAUGCUGAGGUUGAGAAACUUUUAGAAACAGCUCCAGCUAUGGCUGCUCUUGAAAUUGGGUUGCAAGUAGAUAGAGUAAAGAGAGCUCUGAAGAACAGAAUGGAAAGAGUUGGCAUAUCGUAUACAGAUGUUGCACAACUGAUACAAGAUGUUCUACACCAUCAAGUUAUGGAAGAGAAUAAUAGCCUUGAUAACAGCACUUCUAACUCACCUACUUCAGAAUUGAAUAAUUUGUUUAAUCAAGUUACUAUACAAAUGACUAAUAAUUCCGCAAAUAAAAAUGAUACACAGAAAUCUGACGUAUUUGAAAGAGAUCUCGAGAAGAAAAAAACGGAUAACGAAUUAGAUGAUUUUAUGGCUUUGCAAGAGGAAAACAGAAAAUUGAAGGAGGCUCGUUUAUGCAAAGUUUGUAUGGAUCAUGAACUUGCCAUAGUAUUUUUACCUUGUGGACAUUUAGCAACGUGUAGCAACUGCGCACCGGUUUUUGCGAGAUGUCCAUUAUGUCGAUUCAGGAUUCAUGGAUAUGUCCGUAUUUUCUUGUCUUAAAGUAGAGUAUACAUAUAAAUCUAGUGCCAAAUUAUGCGCGAUUCGUGGUUCAAAAUUCGCAGUUUGCUAUUUGAGAUUUGCCAAUCGUUUUUUAUGAAAUCGAAGGAAGUAAAUUACCAUAAAUUUAUCAGUUCAUAGUGAUUUAAACGAUUGGAACUGUAAACCGUUAAUAGAUUGUGAAGAUAUUAACAAAUAAUGAAAUGUAUUAUUAAUUGCAAUGAAUGACAAACGAAUUAUAACUUGUAUGAAUCGAGCAUAAUCUAGCGCUAAUUUAAGG